UGAUACGCGAAGUGGAAAGAAACAAUCCCAUUUAUGAAAAGAGACCUUUCUCACAUGCAUAGUAACUAGACUGAUACUUGGGAUGGAGAACUGCAUUAUGAGGAGAGACUUGAGAUGCUGGGACUAUUUACACUAAAACUGGGAGGGACUAAAAGUUUUUUUACUGUUUAAAAAAUCUGCAAGGUUGUUUCAGUUUUCAAAGUACAGUCAUGCUAGGAUCAGGAUUUAGACCUGAACGGUUGCGGGUCAACCUACGACUUGUCAUCAACAGGCUCAAGCUACUGGAGAAAAAGAAAACUGAGUUAGCGCAGAAAGCCAGGAAGGAAAUUGCAGAUUACCUUUCAGCUGGGAAAGAUGAAAGGGCCCGAAUCCGUGUUGAGCACAUCAUUCGAGAGGACUACUUGGUAGAAGCAAUGGAAAUUCUGGAACUGUACUGUGAUUUGUUGCUUGCACGCUUUGGCAUGAUCCAAUCAAUGAAGGAACUUGACACAGGCCUCAGUGAAUCUAUUUCCACUCUGAUUUGGGCUGCCCCACGUCUCCAGACUGAAGUUGCUGAAUUGAGAGUUGUCUCAGAUCAGCUGUGUGCCAAGUACAGCAAGGAGUAUGGAAAACUUUGCAGAACAAACCAAAUAGGGACUGUAAAUGAAAGGCUUAUGCUCAAGCUAAGUGUUGAGGCACCACCCAAAAUCCUUGUGGAGAGAUACUUAAUCGAGAUAGCAAAGAACUACAAUGUUCCGUAUGAGCCUGAUGCUGUUGUCAUGGUAUGUACAGAGGCAGUUCAUUUGACUAGAGUUUCCAUCUGCAACAGUUAUAAGGUACAGUCUGAAUUGUUGUUCCAAACCACAACUUGCUUUCAAUGUCACCAAUAUGUCCUGCUCAGUAACUGAAAAACAUUCAGCUGA